AUGGGCAGAAUCAUCUUCUACGAGGACAAGAACUUCCAGGGCCGCUCCUACGAGACGGGCAGUGACUGCGCGGAGCUCACCUCCCACCUGAGCCGCUGCAACUCCUGCCGGGUGGAGAGCGGCUGCUUCAUGGUCUACGAGAGGCCCAACUUCAUGGGCCACCAGAUGCUGGUGAGGAGGGGCGAGUACCCCGACAACCAGCGGCUGAUGGGGAUGAGCAUGAGCGACUGCGUCCGGUCCUGCAGGAUGAUCCCCAUGCACCGAGGUCCGUUCCGGAUGCGGAUCUACGAGCGGGAGAACUUCGGGGGCCAGAUGAAGGAGCUGAUGGAGGACUGCGACUCCAUCCAGGAGCGCUACCGCAUGUCCGAGUGCCAGUCCGCCAACGUGAUGGACGGCCACUGGCUACUGUUCGAGCAGCCGCUAUACCGCGGACGCAUGCUCUACCUGAGGCCCGGCGAGUACCGCAGCAUGAGGGACAUGGGCACGGGCCCCAUGGACAUGAGGAUCGGCUCCAUCCGCCGCAUCGUGGAGUCGUCUUAG